GUGAAGUUGAACAUCCAAUAUUUUUGUAAGAUAGAAUGCAAAAUGGGGCUAUUAUUAUUAUUAUUAUUAUUAUUAUUUUGUAAAAUACAUCACUAUUACAGGACACACUUUGGCAAUAGAGAAUUUUAAUCCUUCACAUCGCAAAGAACACAGAAUGAGAAGGGACUCUCUCUCUCACAGACCAACUUAAAGCUAAAAGACAAACAAUUCCCUCCUCUCUCUCUAUAUAUAUACAGUAUAUAUAUAUAUAUAUAAUUGAAGCAGUUGUUGCUACAAGUAACAGUCAUGUUUUUGGGAAUCGCUUGAAUUUCUUCAAAAUAUUAUUAUUUAGAAACACUGACACUGUUUUUAAGUCAGAGUUCAAGCUCAUCUACACAGAGUCACACACAUAUUAAUAAUAAAACGUGUUUUUGAACUCUCUAAAGCUUCAAUCGAAUGCUAAGUUAAUCAAAGCUUCAUCUCAUCAAAUUUUUAUUGUAUUUUGUACAACUUUGUUUAUAAUUAUAUACUAUUAAUUCUCUCUCUGUUAUCUCCGCUUAAUUUUUUUUUUCUAUAAUUCCUCGAUUUCAACGUAAAAAUUCAAUGUUUUUUGUUUGCUUCCAUACCCAAAAAUCAAUACAAUCCAUCUUCUUCCAAUUCAAUUCUCCAUCUUUUUAGCUCUGUAGUAGUAGAUUAUUUAUAACUAUAUAUAUAUAUACACACACACACGCACGGUUUGAUUUUUCUUUGUUUUGUUUAAGAUGGCUUCGAUCACUAAUUCAACUCAGCUUUUACUCAACCGUUCUCAAUUUUCUUCUCUGAGUAGAGCUGCUUCGCCUAAUUUAGCUGUGCUCAAGAGUCGUUCACUUGUUCCCAGAGCCUCCUCGAGCUCGGAGUUCUCGCCAUUGUUGCCGGAGAAUCGUAUAUCUCCAGCUCCGGUUAGCGAGCCCUUGAAAUUUUCCGGUUGGGGGCAACUUUUGACGCGGCGUGGUUCGGCUCCAUUUCCGGUCACCAAUGCUGCAGCUGCGGAUGCUGAUGGUCUUGAAAUUGACAUUACCGAUGGGGUCUCCAAGCCUUCUAAGAGCUUUGCUGAGAAAUUUCCGGCCCUACUUACUGGCUUCUUUUUCUUCACUUGGUACUUCCUAAAUGUCAUCUUCAAUAUACUCAACAAGAAGGUCUAUAAUUAUUUCCCGUAUCCAUACUUUGUCUCGGUUGUACAUCUUCUAGUUGGUGUGGUGUACUGUCUAGUCAGUUGGGGUGUCGGUCUUCCAAAACGCGCACCAAUAGAUAAGGAACUCUUGGCAGUCCUCACUCCGGUAGCAUUCUGUCACGCCCUUGGACAUGUCAUGUCUAAUGUAUCAUUCGCUGCCGUUGCUGUGUCUUUUACACAUACCAUCAAAGCCCUGGAGCCAUUCUUCAACGCUGCCGCUUCUCAGUUUGUUUUAGGCCAUCAGAUUCCCCUUUCCUUAUGGCUAUCGUUGGCCCCUGUUGUUAUUGGUGUAUCAAUGGCGUCGCUGACUGAACUUUCUUUCAACUGGCUCGGUUUCGUUAGUGCAAUGAUUUCAAAUAUUGCGUUCACCUACAGGAGUAUCUAUUCAAAGAAAGCAAUGACUGGAAUGGAUAGUACCAAUGUGUAUGCUUACAUUUCAAUAAUAGCCCUCCUCUUUUGCAUCCCACCAGCAGUACUUAUCGAAGGGCCCAAGCUGAUGCAAUUUGGAUUUGCGGAUGCAAUUGCCAAAGUCGGUCUAUACAAGUUCUUGUCUGAUCUGUUUUGGAUUGGAAUGUUCUACCAUCUGUACAAUCAGAUCGCUACGAACACUUUGGAGCGAGUUGCACCACUUACACAUGCAGUUGGAAAUGUGUUGAAGAGAGUAUUUGUGAUCGGGUUCUCCAUAGUGGUGUUCGGCAAUAGGAUCUCCACACAGACUGGGAUUGGUACUGCAAUAGCCAUUGCAGGCGUCGCGAUUUACUCCCUUAUAAAGGCAAACAUUGAAGAGAAAAAACGGAAGGCUGCUCAAACUCUGGCGUCGUAGAGUUGAAUAUUCAGAUCAAUUGGCUUUGCAGAACACUGCAUAUUAGUGAGGAAGGUAAUAAAGGAGACUCCGAAAGAUGCUGACCGGGUUUUCACGAAUCAAAAUUCUGCAGGUGGGAGGCAAGAUUUCGCGGCCUAGCUAGGCCAAGUGUUUUUUGUGUAUGCAUGUUAAAAAGCUUGCAGAAUCAGAGAAAAGAAUAAAGUUGAACUUUUAGGGAUUGAUCCAAACUUACAAAAGUUGUUUCUGUAGUCUGCUUUUACUUAUUGAUUUAUAAUUGUAACAUGAAAUUGUUAAAACAUCCAAGGUUUGGCCCAUAAGCUUGUGCCUUCAAGAAUAUUGAUUCUCUCAUAAAUGAAGUUAAAUCAAUCAAAAUA